CGCACUCGCAGCUAGUGCGAUUUUGCCCAAUGCAAAAACGUCAGUGCGAAACUACGCGACUCAUCAGUUUGACCUACUGCAUUAUGCCAUUUUCGCCUUCCGGACCGCUGUGCCGUUCUGCGAGUGUGCGUCUCGCGCGAGUGUGUGAAUGAGCGUAAACGAUUGCGCGCGCGUCCGUGUGUGUGUGUGUGUGUGUGUGUGUGUGUGUGCGUGUGUGCUUGUGCGUGUGUGAGAGCGAGUGCGUUUCUUCCCUGGUUGCAGGAUUGCAAUUUUUUUUUUUUUUUUUUUUCACGUCCGCCGUGUUAAUUAAUUUGUAACAAUUUUUUUCGCCACCGACACUCGUGCGGGAGUUCAUACGCCGAGACCUGAGAACGCGACGACCGAGGUGACUACCUCGAUGCCAUGGAUGUUUGACGGAGUCGUCCGUGCCACAACCUGCUGAUCGGGCCACUGUUAUGUCUUUUUAAACACUGUUUCAACAACAAUCUGGAAUGGAACCUCAGCAGCAGUUCUGUCUAAAGUGGAAUAGUUUUAGUAGCAAUCUUGUAACUGCAUUUGAUAACCUUUUAAAGUCAGAUAGUUUGACAGAUGUAUCAUUGUUUUGUGAAGGCAAAACUUUCAAAGCUCACAAACUAAUUCUGGCAGCAUGCAGUAAACAUUUUCAAGAAAUAUUUGAAGCUACUCCACUAGGAUCAAGUUUAAUAGUUAUACUUGAUGGGACAUCGUCUACAAACAUGGCAUCGUUACUUGAGUUCAUGUACCGUGGUGAAGUACAAAUAUCUCAAGAAAGACUCUCUAGUUUUCUAAAAACUGCUGAUAAUUUACAGGUUAAAGGCCUGUCAUUUGAAUAUGAUAAAUUGACACUAUUACCUCAGCAUGAUCAAUAUAAUAAUGAAAACCAAACAGCACUAGAUUCUCCAACAAGACUAAAACAAAAUGGAUCCACGGAAACUCAGCAUCCCUCUACCUCAUUUAGUCAGAUUCCAAAUCAUUAUCGUCAAUCAAAUGAACAGCACCCUUUAUCACCUGAUCCCCAAAGAAACAAACGAGCACACCAUAACAGCCCUAACACAACUCCAGUUUCCGAUACACUUACACGAGCAUCUGUUUUAAGAGAUGGUUCCAGACCAGAACGUGAAUCUCCUCUUUCUUUAACCUACAGUGCACAUAUAUCGGCCCAUUUGGAAAAUUCUCAUCAGCCUCAGUCAAAUAAUUCUGGUCCUGUAGAUGCUUCUACUUCAGCUCAUCAUUACCGUAAUGUGACCUCUAAUAACUGCGGAGAAGAUUUACGAAUAAAAUCUGAACCUGUGGCAAAUACUGCAGAAUUUCCUCAAAAUACAACUACAACAAAUGAAUGGAAAGCACCAGAUAAUGGAACAACUCCACCAUCUCCGAAUCAAUGGAAGAUAGAUACAUCUCAUAAAAAUAUUGUGACUACCAUAACAGCUGAUGGGAAAAAAUUACAAUGUCCAUAUUGUGAACGGUUAUAUGGUUACGAAACAAAUCUUAGAGCUCAUAUAAGACAGAGGCAUCAAGGAAUUCGAGUGCCGUGUCCUUUUUGUGCGCGUACAUUUACACGGAACAAUACAGUGAGACGACAUAUUGCAAGAGAACAUAAAACAGAAAUUGCAGUGAAAUCAAAUCCAACAUUUCCACAAACUGCAAAUAACAAUCAAUAACUCUUAACAAAUCUACCUCACUCAAAUAUUUUACCCUCCCUCUAAUUUUAUAAAUAUAUAUACCUCUUUUUAAGCAUUAACUAUACCACCAGUUGAAUAUAAAAUAGUCUGGUACAUAAGCAAACUGCAGACUAACUGCCUUUAAAGUACAAAUGUAAACCAUAAACACUUCUGCAACUCUUAAGACUGAUGAAAGUGGUGUUAGUUUUUAGGUGAAAAUACAUUUUUAUGACACCGCUUUCAAUGUGAACUUACCUCAAUGAUUUUACACGUUAUAUUUUCAAGUAUAACCUAUAAUAUAUUAUUUAUAAUAUUAAAAAUGUUAAUGUUUAUUCUGUGGAUUGCUUAUGUCUCCAUAAGUUAUAGUAAUAUGCUGUUAGUUAAGUCAUAAAGCAGCUCUCUUAUCAUUUAAUACAUAUUGAUAAAACAACAAAAUUGACCCUGAAUGGUACAUUAUAAUAUAAUUUGUAUUCAUUUAUUAGUCAGCAAAGCUGGU